AUGGCUAAAGUGUUUACUAGUUUGAUCGCCGUGACAAUCGUGCUUAUCGCACGGGGUAAGUUUGUAUUUUAAGUUUCGCUUCAACGAAUCUUCCAUCAAAACUUGAAAGCUGAGGUAACGGAUGGACGUAGCUUUUAAGUAAAGGAACGGAUACUAUCUAGCCCGCGAGCAAGCUCUCCGGGGCCAAAUUAGCAGAGGGGCCAGAAAAGCAGAGUGCCCCGGAGAGCUUGCUCGCAGGCUAUAGAUAGCCAUUCUUGGAUCAUCUUCUUUUAAUCUUUUUUUAGGAUGCCGAAGAGGUAAAUCGUAGCCUUCAAAACUUGUGGCUCUGUGUUCAUGCACACAAGACCUAAGCUCUCAAAGUAACUCGAAGUGAUUCGACUUUUACUAAAACGUAGCCGAGAUACUUUUUGGCUGCAUGAAGGAAUGAGAUGAAAAUGACUGCUAACUCUAAAUCGAUUCAAACUUUUGCAUUCUAUCUGAUUCCCGCAGAAAACUGAAAAAAAUGCAAAUGUUAGUCAAUUUUGGCUAAAUUGCCAUAUUUAUGCGUUGCUAUUUUAGAACUUCCUUUUUCAUUAACAACCAAAAAAUGUUUCUGUUUCUAGGUUAUUCUAUACCUGUGGGUCAUUACUCACAAAACAGUUAUCCAUUAUUGGCUUUUGAGUCAGUGGAAACUGGAGGCCGUUCUCUUCAACAUGAUCGCUCAGUGAUUAGUCAGGAUGAGUUCUUGGAAACAAGCGGGUGAAUGGACAUUUUUAUUCUUAUCUGUUUACAGGGUAGCUAUCUGUUAAGAUUUUUAUCAUCAUUGCUGAACAUUGCGAAGUCUCCGGCAAAUUUAUGAACUCCAGAGUGGAACUGAACAACACAAACACGACCUACUGCUGCCAGCAUGAGCAUGCAUGCGAGGGUGUUUUUGUACAACCCAUUCUUUAACCAGAUGCACUUUAGUCUCCUCUAUAUUCCGAAAACCAUUUCGUCACCACAGAUAAAAUAGGCCAUUCCCGAGUUCCCCCGAGCCUCUGUGUCAAAACGAGGUUAAGUGCUCAGCCUUUGAUAUGGUAAUGAUUUUCAUUCUCAUGCAAGUAAAACUCAUUUUCACAAGAUAGUUUUUGCAUUUGGCCUCAUUUUGAAAGUGAGAGUUUUUGGAACUCAGAAGUGGCCUAUUACGAUACUAUUGACGGCUUGUGUCUGAGUAGAGCUACCCGUUUCACCGCUCACCCCAAUUAAAAACCUAGAUCGGGCCUUAGGGUCCUUGAUCCUUUAUCUGUUUUUUCAAGGUAUCUUGAAGACGAUGAGGAAGGAAGCGGAGAGAGUAGCUCUUCAAGAGAAGAGGGAGCUGCAACAGACUCAGAUGGGAGUGGACAUUUUGUUGAAAUGAAUGCGAAUGAGCCGUUUAUAAAACCAGUCAGCGGUAAUGUCCGAUGGAGUGGUUUGUCCCUGGCAGCAGAGACAAGAUUACAUGAUGAUCCAGCGGUAAAUGAUAGCAAAGAAAAGAGAAGUCAAGAUCAAGAACAUUCUGUAGGAUAUAAUACGUUGCUGUUCAUCUUUGUCGCUGGUGGAGUCUUGAUUGUGCUUCUUUCAACUGCGUUUUUCGUAUUUGCGUGGUAAGACGAUUUUACAACCAUAAACCAUUUUUUAGCAGCUCAACCUUCUUUUCCGUCGAAAGUUUUUCUUGCCCUUGAUGAAGAUACUAAUAACUAUAAAAGAUACCAAUGGCUAAAAAAGCUGGAGGUACAAUAUGUAAUAAAUAAACAAAUAAAUAAAAAAUGCCAGUAAUUACUAAAUUAGGCAAAAAUUCGACAACGUCCGUGAUCACAUGAUCUUUGUAAACCUGUGACAGGAAGUCCCCUUCUUACUGGUAGACUUUUCUGGAAAAAAAAUUUGUUUGCUGGCCACUUCCACUGAGGUAUAUUUGUACAUUGCACUUUGUUCAUUUCCUGUUGUCUUUGUUUAAGGCCUGUUAGAAAAUAUUAUGCAACUCUGUGCCACUGGAUGAAUCAGGAGGAUUCUGCGUCAGGAUGGUACAAUCAUGACUUGUCGAGUGUUAGAGUCAACUCAAGUUAUCCUACAGAAUAUGACACAGUUCCCGCAGUGCCACCCACCCCUCCCCCAUUCCCUCCACCAAAAGGACGAAAAGCGAGGAAGAAAAGGCUUGCAGGUACAUUACUAAAAUUUUAUUUUUUAUUUCAUCAGUCCUCGUUUAAGCCUACAGUUUCAUGCCAGUAAGCCGGAAUCGUAACAUCUGUCUAUUUGUUUUGCUGUAGCUGCCCAUAAACAGCCAAAUAUCACCCGACCAAAGGUGUCUCCAAAUCAGCGGUCACCAGAUGAGAUUAUUGCGGAAGAUAGGAGGCGAGACUCCCGGAAUGCGGAACGGAGAAAGAUUAUAAAAAGGCAGACUUCUGAAAGAAGGGAUUCACUUGUUGAUAGCUUAUGGAUAGCUAAGAACAUUAUUGAUGGGCAUAGCAAGAACAGACACUUUGAAACAAAGGCAUCUGAGAGGCGCCGUGUUAUAAAGCACUGCUGCGGCACAGAACCUGAUUCAGUUCCAAACGGUCGUCGGAUGUCCUUUGCAGAUGAGUUGGUAAUUGCUCGUUUGGUUGUCACUCCAGAGUGGGAUUAUAAACAAAGUGUUGAAAGAUCCAAGGAGAAAUGCCGUGCGGUUAAGGAACAGUUUGCGUCGACAGGAAAGCGGAGACCUUCAUUGCAGGAAGAGAUAGGUGUAGCAAAGGAGCUCAUUGUGGACAAAGAAAGAGAAAAGCGAUCACUGCCACCGGAAAUAGCAGCCGAGGUUGUGUUGAGCUUCCUUUUGCGGGAAAAAAGAGGAUGAGUUCCUUCGUUUACAUAAUGAAUGAGAUUUUACGGUUGCUCUUAAUACUCCGAUCCACUGCCAUCAAUCAGUCAAUCGUUUAUUUACCCACGCAGUGGCUAGUGAGCUAAAAAGCUCAUAAAAGUUUAUAACAAAAUGUAUGUGCAAUUAUAUGAACAAUCUUUACGACAAAUUUUGGUUCUAUCCUGGGAUAUCUAAAACGACUUUUAAUAAGGAUCUCAAAAGUUAAAAAAGUUUUCAUACCAACUCCAAACCGUUUGCUUGCCAUGCAAGUGUUUUUGUACUACAGGUAAAUAAGGCUCAUUGUGAUUGGUUAAUUAUUAUACCUUUCUUACCCUUGCUUGAUCCUCUAUUGGCGGCUAAUUUUAAUAUUGCUAUCUUAAUAAUUGUAGAUGAUUCAAGUUCAAAGUUCAUCUGGUGGUCCUGUUAAGUACUACGGUGAAGUUCUGGAGAAGCUUCUCAGCGAAUCAGAACAGUUAGCUGAAAAUGAAUCCACUAAUGAUCACCCAGCAGAGUUGGAGGCUUUGGCAAGUCAAGAUGACAUUGACGAGCUCACCAGGUGCCAUAGAAUUAUGUGGCCGUCCACUUUUGCAAUAAACUUAUUUCUUUUUUUUUUUUUUUUUUGAAUGUUGCAAUAUUUGACUUUUUCACGCUCUGAAAAAGGAGGAUCUAUCCAACAUUUAAUAGCAGAGUUGUAAGAAUCUCACGUGUUUUUUCCUUCAAUUGCAGUGGUCUGCCUGGCCUCCUUGUUUUUAAUGAUAACGAAGAACCAGAAACUAUGAUUGAAAAUGAGGUAAGAGAACUUUUCAAAUUAAUAACUUCGCUCCAGUAAAAAAAGUUAUAGACUGCAAAAAGUGGGUUUUCCUCAAACCUCUGCUCGUAAGGAGAGAAGCACCGGCGUAAAAUUCUCCCGCACGUAAAGGGACGUGCCACACUUACACACCCCUGCGAGCGUCAGGUGAGGCGAGAGAAAAACGGUUUUGUAGCGUCUCACUCGCUAUUUUCGAAGACACAAUAGAUCAAAGUACAGCUUUUUUUCAAUCUACAUAACACGUGACCGUAUCUGUUGCUUUUUGUGGACCGGUUUGGUACUAAAUGAUGUAAAAUAUAAAGCGUUACGUUUAAAAAUGUCCUGUUUAACGUUCAUUUAUAUACUUCACUUUUCUAACUGGUAGCCACUUUUGUUUGCUUUAGCUACUUUGGAGAGGCGAACCUGGCAUGUUCUGA